AUGCCAAAAGCACCUAAGAAUAAAAGCGUAAUAAGAUUUCAAUUAUACCAAAAUAAUAAAAAUCAGGAAUUAACACUAUUUCAAAGAGCAAUAAUUCUUACUCUUGUUGAAAAUGAAUGUUCUCAACGUCAAGUUGCAUGGACAAUGGGAAUUUCUCCCUCAACAGUAUCUAAAAUCAUGAAAAAGUUUAAAGAAACAGGCAAAAUUGAUGAUUUGCCAAGGUCGGGUCGUCCUAAAAUUUUUUCUUCUGAUGAAGAAAAAUUAAUAUGUGAAAUGAUUAUCCCUAGGCAAUGUGAAACAGCAGUUGAUGUGCAUGCAAAGUUUUGUUGUGAAACAAAUAAAGAGAUGUCAGUCAAAACAAUACAAAACGUUCUUCGAAGAAAUGGAUAUAUUUCUAGAGUUAAAAAAAGACAAGAAGGUUAUUUUACUGAUGAAAGCAGGUUUUUACUUUUUGGUGCUUUUAAAGGACAUGACACAUUGGCUGAUGAACAUAUAAUUCCAACAAAAAAGUUUGGUGGUGGCAGUAUUAUGAUAUGGGGUUGUAUGACCUCAGAAGGUGGACAUAUUGAAUUAGUCGAAAGAACUUUAAAUUCAGCAGGAUAUAUUAAUAUUCUCGAAGAUUGUCUAUUAGAUGUGCUAGAAUCAUGUGAAUACGACAAGGAUGAAAUGAUUUUUCAGCAUAAUAAUGCUAGAAUAUACACGUCAAUUGCAACAAAAGCAUAG